AGAGAUGGAUUUUUGCGUCAUCAACCGGAGCCGAAUUUCCACAUACGCGUGCUGCAGUUUUACACAGGGCUGUCGAUAACAGCUAAUUUAACUAGCGAGCUAGUAAGAAUUUUCAAAGGUAAGCGACGAGGAGGCAGCAUCCCCAUCUGACCGUCCGCUCCCAUGAGUUUUGUGGAGUAUGCCGAGUUCAUCCAGGAUGGCGACGUGGCCAUCAUCUUCAUGAGCCACGACUCCAUGUUCCCGGUGAAGGUUCAGCAAGGAGGCCAGACCCAAACGCGAUACGGUGUGAUCCGCCACUCCACGGACCUCAUCGGCCGACGCUUCGGCUCCAAGGUCACGUGCAGCAAGGGAGGCUGGGUGUACGUCCUGCACCCCACCCCGGAGCUGUGGACGCUUAACCUGCCCCACCGCACCCAGAUCCUCUACACCACCGACAUCGCCAACAUCACCAUGAUGCUAGAGCUGAAGCCCGGCUCUGUGGUUUGUGAGUCAGGCACGGGCAGCGGCUCCCUCUCGCACGCCAUCCUGCGCACCAUCGCGCCCAGCGGGCACCUGUACACGGUGGAGUUCCACCAGCAGCGGGCGGAGAAGGCCACGGAGGAGUUCGGCGAGCACAAGGUGGGCCACCUGGUCACCGUGCUCAACCAGGACGUCUGCAAGGACGGCUUCGGCGUGACGGGCGUGGCCGACGCCGUCUUCCUGGACAUCCCGUCCCCCUGGGAGGCCAUUGGCCACGCCAAGGCCGCCAUGAAGAGGCGGGGGGGCCGGGUCUGCUCCUUCUCGCCCUGCAUCGAGCAGGUGCAGCGGACGUGCGCGGCCCUGGCGGAGCAGGACUUCGGGGAGAUCUGCACCCUGGAGGUGCUGCUUCGCGUGUUGGACGUGCGCGCCGUCUCCCUGGCCCUGCCCGACCUGGGGAAGGAGGACGAAGGGGGCCUCCCGGCGACCCCCAACGCCACCGUCACCUGCAGGACCGCCAUGCCGCCCAGGGAAAUGGCCGGCCACACCGGGUACCUGACUUUUGCCACCAAGGGCCCGGUUUAGAGAGCGGCUGAUGAGCACUGCCGGGGACCGUUACCGAGGGGGCGUGUGCACACGUUACACGCCCUGCAGUGAGAAAUGAAGCCCGUGUGACCGGCUCAGUCUGUGGGGGAACUCCAUGCUGCUUCCUCAUUGCACUGGUGUCUACAGUCUACGCUGACAAUAUCCUUCAGAACUUGUCCUUGAUGUGGUGUGUGUAUCUACGCACACAAACGAGCAUACGAUGUCAGUUCAUUUGUACACACACACACACACACACACACACACACACACACUUGCAUGUCUCAUAACCCAGAUGCAGAGCGCAGAAGUUCAUUGGCUAUGAGGGGGUUGUGAGGUGCAGUGGAAGCAAUGGGUACAGGUGUGUAGGUGUGUUUAAAGGGGGGGAAUCAAAUCCUCAUAAUGCCACAGAUCAGUUAUUUUAAUGUGCCGCUUCUGUCACAUGCACAUGUCUUUACGUAACCAGGUUUAUUUUUUAAUGGAAAAGGCUUCUGUUGAAUUGUGUUAUUAUCUGCUUGUUAAAAACUGCAGAAUUUGUUUCAUAUUUAAUUUGUACAUUGGACUUGAAUGGAAUAUAGUAAAAGACUGAAAAUGA